CGUCCUUUUGUCACUCAACCUAAGCUCAAACCAACCGAUUUAGCCAAUGCCGAAUGGACAGUCAGACCAUUGAGCACAGGAAACAUUGGUCUCCAGAACGCGAUCCAGGCCACACGCCACCGUAUUGAUAAGCUACUGUGGGUAGGCACAUUGGCAAUGUCGACCGAUUCACUUUCGGCCGACCAACGCCAGGAGAUUACAAAAACAUUGAUGGAUGACCACAAUUGCUGUCCUGUUAUGCCAACUGAUGCAGAAAUAGAAGGACAUUAUGAUCGUUACUGCAAACAGGUGCUUUGGCCAUAUUUUCAUUAUGUAGUUCAAGCUGAUAUUCAGAAUAUGAUGUACCAAAAUGCAGCUUGGGAAGCCUAUUGUGCAUUAAAUCAGCGAUUUGCCGAUGCCAUUGUAGAGCAAUAUCAGGAAGGUGACAUAAUCUGGGUCAAUGAUUAUCAUCUGAUGCUUCUGCCUGGGAUGCUCCGGAAGGCUCUCCCACGCGCCAUCAUAGGCUUCUUUCUCCACAUUCCCUUCCCCAGUUCCGAACUCUUCCGCUGCUUACCUACCAGAAAAGAGCUCCUCGAGGCCAUGUUACAAUCCGACCUUAUAGGUUUCCAAACCUAUUCAUUCGCACGUCACUUUUUACAAACAUGUGCUCGCAUACUGUCUCUUGAUGCCACGCCAACAGGUAUACAGAUGGACUCUCAUUAUGUAUCUGUUGGUAUAUACCCAAUUGGUAUUGAUGUCGAGGCUUUGAACCGCAAGAGGGCCGACCCAGAUGUAGGAAGAUGGGUGUCAAUGUUGAAAGACAAGUAUGCAGGCAAGAAAUUGAUCGUUGCCCGUGACAAGCUGGACUACAUCAAGGGCGUCAGGCAGAAAUUACUUGCAUUCGAACAGUUUCUUAUCCAUCACCCUGAGUGGCAAGGAGAAGUUGUAUUGAUUCAAAUUGCCCUCUCUACAUCUGAACAGAAUGAAGUCCGAGCACACAUUUCAGACGUAGUUUCGCGUGUGAACUCAAAGUUCAGCAAUAUCGCAUAUCAACCCAUUGUAUUUUUGCAUCAGGAUAUUGCAUUCGAGCAGUACCUUGCCCUGUUGAGUUCUGCGGAUGCUUCUCUUAUCACACCUCUUCGCGAUGGAAUGAACCUCACAUCUCAUGAAUAUAUUGUCUGUCAAGAAAAUAAAUGUGGGCCCCUUAUUCUCAGUGAAUUUACGGGUACGUAUGGAAGUUUUGGUGCUUGUCUUCGAGUCAAUCCUUGGGAUUAUAGACAAGUAGGUGAUGCAAUUCAUGAAGCCUUGUCAAUGUCCCAGGAGGAAAAGACAGGUCGUUGGAAGGAACUUUACCGAAGUAUCACUGCAAAUUCUGCUCAGAACUGGGCUAGUACACUCAUCGGAGACCUUUCCAAAGUUCAUGAUGCUACUUCUCGUCGUUUUUCAGCUCAGAUUCCACCUGUCGACACUCGCCUAGUUAAGAAAGCCUAUCAUAGCAGCAAACAGCAGCGUGUAUUCUUGUUUGAUUACGGUGGUACACUUGUACAGCAUGGCCAAUCCACUGGUUCUCCUGGCCUUGCACGUCUGAUACGUGUGCUUGAGUUGCUAGCCAGUGAUCCUCAGAAUUUGGUCUAUGUGAUCUCAGGAAGAACUAAAGCCAAUGUUGAGCGAGAUCUAGGAAACGUGCCAAACCUAGGAUUAAGUGCUGAGAAUGGUUUUUAUAUAAAACCACCAGGUGAAGAGUGGCAGCAAUUAUUUACAAAGAUCGACAUAUCAUGGCAGCCUGCCGUUCAAGAGAUUUUUCAAUAUUACACUGAGCGUACACCUGGAGCUUACAUUGAAACUAAGGAUAUAUCGGUGAUUUGGCAUUACCGAACGGUCGGGCAAGAUGCCAGCUAUGUUGCAUGGCAAGCAGCUGAAUGCCAAAAUCAUAUUGCUGACUUGGUAAACAAGAACUUUGCUGUCCAUGUAGUUGCAGGAACCACCAGUAUUGAAGUUCUACCCAACGAGAUUAACAAGGCAGUUGUUGCUAACCGGGUCCUUCAAGACGUUCAGUCUGACUUUGUCUUAUCAAUUGGUGACGACAGAUCAGACGAAGACAUGUUUGGACUGUUGAACAAACAAGAGAUCCCCAAUGUAUUUACUUGUACAGUAGGAUCUCGCAGUACAGAAGCCAAAUAUUUUGUAUCCAAUGUUCAAGGCGUAUUAGCUUCGCUUGAACAUCUU